UCCUCUUUCUUCUCUUCUUGAAUUGAGAUUCUUACUAGAGACAUAAGGGUGGAAGAAGCAAUGGGGACGACAGAGAGUGAAGCGGUGGGGAGGAUGAAGCUAGGGUCCGAGGGCCUGGAAGUGUCGACUCAGGGACUCGGCUGCAUGAGCAUGUCCUCCUUCUACGGGCAUCCGAAGCCCGAGCAUGAGAUGAUAGAGGUCAUCCGUCAUGCCAUCAACUCUGGUGUCACCUUCCUCGACACCUCUGAUGUUUACGGCCCCCACACCAAUGAGAUACUCAUCGGCAAGGCUCUUAAAGGAGGAAUGAGAGAGAAAGUGGAGUUGGCAACAAAAUGCGGAGUGAAUUUUGAGAACGGGAAGAUGAACAUCGUCGGCGAUCCAACCUACAUACGAGCCUGUUGCGAGGGCAGUUUGAAGAGACUCGGCGUCGACUACAUUGAUCUCUAUUACCUCCAUCGCAUCGACACCACUCGGCCUAUUGAAGUCGCGGUGGGAGAACUGAAAAAGCUGGUGGAAGAAGGAAAAAUAAAGUACAUUGGUCUAUCUGAGGCUUCAGCUUCGACGAUCAGAAGAGCGCAUGCUGUUCAUCCAUUAACAGCAGUACAAUUAGAGUGGUCUAUGUGGAUCCGAGAUGCAGAGGAAGACGUAAUUCCUACUUGCAGAGAACUUGGGAUUGGAAUUGUAGUGUACAGUCCUCUUGCAAAGGGAUUCCUCUCAUCCGGUGCAAAAGUGGUCGACUACAUGUCUGAAACUGAUUUUCGAAAGUCUAUCCCGAUGUUUCAACCCGAGAAUUUGGAGCAUAACCACAAGUUGUUUGAGCGGGUCAAAGAUAUGGCGACACGCAAGGGAUGCACAACGUCCCAGCUUGCUUUGGCGUGGGUCCAUCACCAGGGAAGCAAUGUCUGUCCCAUACCAGGUACUACUCAAAUUCACAAUCUCGAGCAAAACAUCGGGGCUUUAGCCGUGAAGCUGACUGCGGAAGAGAUGGCUGAGCUCGAUGAGAUUGCUUCGUUGGUGAAGGGUGAUCGGUACGGCCCUGAAAUGGCAACAUGGCGGCAUGAGGAAACUCCGUCCUUGUCUUCUUGGAAGGUGGAUGCAUGAGAAAGAUGUUGUAGUGUCGUAAGGCUUAAAUUUUGAUGUAUUUCAUUCAAACUAUGGAGAAGUUUUCGAUUUUAUUUAGUUUAUUAAAGCUAGAAUAAAAGGUUCUCCAGAUCAUAAGUUUUUAAUUAGUUAAGAUACUCGUUUUUUCUAAUGAAAGUAUUUCGUUAUUUGUUGA